UCAUCUCAUAGUCAUUUCCCAGCCGUCGUGUCGAGAUGAAAGUUGCAGUUUUGAUUGUAUUGGUUGCCCUGGUGGGCAGCACUGUUGCCCUCUCCCUGUCACGUGCCGGUCCGCCAGCCAAGAAGAGGCCAACCCAGAUAACUGAUAACUCCAACAAGAAGGUCGACCAACAUGUUGAUCUUCAAGUCCAGAAUGAGAAGACUCAACAAAUCGAUGUGGAAUUGAAGCAAGAUCUGCCUAAGCCUCAGUAUGUCGAUGUGGAAGUUAAUCACGAGCAGCCCAAGAAGCAGCAUGUUGAGGUAGAGAUCAAACACGAUCAGCCUAAGCCUCAACAUAUCGAGGUGGAAGUCAAGCACGAUCAGCCCAAGAAGCAGCAUGUUGAGCUAGAGAUCAAACACGAUCAGCCCAGGCCUCAACAUAUUCAGGUGGAGGUCAAACACGAGCAGCCCAAGAAGCAGCAGGUUGAGGUAGAGAUCAAACACGAGCAGCACAAGCCCCAACAUGUUGAGUUUGAGAUCAAGCAGCAGGAGCUGCCGGAAGCAGAACACGUCAAAUAUGAGAUCAAGCAGCAGCAGAGGCCACAGCAUGUGGAAUCUGAGAUCAAGCAGCAGCCGCAUCUACUGGAGGCACCACAUGUCCAAUAUGAGAUCAAGCAGCAGCAGCAGCAGAAGCCACAGCACCUUGAGUUUGAGACCAAGCCGCAGCACGAAUCCCAGUACAUUGAAUUGGAACUGGCUUAAGCUGUCUCCAGCUGUCUCCGAAUGCUAUCAGAUAUAUAUAUAUCCGAUUAAAGACAUUUAUGUGUGUGUAAUAAAUUUUUGAAAAAAUUA